CAACGCAGUCAGCGGAAGAUUCGCAAUGUUAUUGCUCUGCUGGGUGAAUGUACUCCCUUUCCAUGAAGAUUCUUCCUGAAGAGCCUGCAAGAAAUGACUGUGGUGGAGCCUUUAGGAAGAAAAAGCAAGCACCAAGAGCCUGAAUUAAUGGAUUACUAAUGUUAUUCUAAUAAAUACUCAAAUAAUUGAUACUGGAAUAUUGGAUUACUUGUUAUUAUUUAUAUUUAAACAUUUAUAAUAAAUCCAAGUGAAAAUGUCGAAGUCUGGGAAAAAAACACCAUCAACAAUUCUGGUCCAGGAUAAUGAUUUUAUGGCUGAAAUGGCAAUUCAGAGGAACGCACAAGACUUCUUUGAUAAAUUUGACCGAAGUGAAAUACAAGAGCUUCUUGCCAAUACCACUAAUAGCUGGCUUGUAUCUAUGGAUGAUGUCCACCUGCCUCUUCAGCUCCCUGGAGGUUUGAUUACCCAGAUAAACAAUCUAACCCAAGAAAAUGUUCUUCUACUGGCUCCUCUAGAACCUGAUGUCAAGUUAGACUGUCGUGAGGUUCACCAGAUAAUAAGAGAGCUGACUAUAGGAAUAUAUUGCUUUAAUCAGAUUCCAUCCAUUAGUUUAGAUGCCAAUUAUGACCGCAGUACAUCAUGCCAACUCCCCCCAGCCUAUUAUGAUACCAGAGUGGGGCAGAUACUGAUCAGUGUGGAUUAUAUGAUUAAAGCUCUGUGGCAUGGAUCCUACAUGGCAAAGGACAAAAGAACCAGAUUCAGUGAAUUGUGGAGGUCCAUCAUGGAUGUUGAUUCAAAUGGACAUCCUCAAACAAAGAAAGAUUUAUUUACAGAGUUCUCCUCAUCAGGUUUGAUUGAUAUUACAAGUGAAUCUGAAUUUGAUGGAAUUUACUCCCAGACAUCAAACUUUGAUCCAACAUAUGACCCUAGUAAUAUGGAUGAAAAGCUACUUUUCAUGGACUACGCUGAUAGCAUGACAAUAAAGAUGACUUGUUUCACUGUUCAAGUCCAGCGGCUUAAAAACCUCUUUGUGUAUGAGGGAUCUUAUCUUCUCUCUAAUGUAAUAAAGCUCACAGAGGAAUUCCUUGACCCUGUAGUGUACCAGCGACUCCAACAAAGACUUUCUGAACAUCAAAAGUUGGUGAAAGGGAAUCUUGAGAAGAAACUGGAAAUACGCAAAAAUAUUGCAUAUCUAAAACUGAUCAGCUUCCUUGUUCCUUUUCUUCUGGGGCUGAAAAAACAGCUGAAAGUGCCAGAUUUAAGUUGUCUCCUGCAACCUUUUUCAGAUGAUAAAGUCAAGACUGAAAGGGAACUUCCCCCACUUAUGCUAGGACAAGAUUUUAAGUGCCAACACUUUAGGUACCCACCAAAUACGUACUUUCACCUCCAUGGGGGAAUUGAGCUUGAUCUGGGAACGCCUUCACUUGAACCUGUAUCUGAAGAAAUUAAGGCAGCUUAUGAAGAAAUAGAGAACACAGCAGUGAGUCAUCUUAAUAAUCUCCUAGAUCUGGAUACCACGUACAUAGAAUAUUACCCCAUUCCCACUAUGGCGUUUAAUGGAACGAGUUAUUAUGCCAUUGCAAUCAAGCUUGAAAACUUCUACCAGACAACACUCAGAAAUAAGUGGUGGGGAGCCACAGGUGGAAUAAUAAGCAAUUUAAAACCUAAAAGACUUCCACUGACUGACAUACAACUCCAUGAGCAAUUUAAGAAGAAGUUUGGUUAUAGGAAAGCUAUUAAAUGCAAGAAUCUAUCAUUUGGUUUAAAAUCUGCUUCAGAGAGAGGACUAGCUGCAAUCUUUCAUACAUUUUGCCGUAAAACACCAAAUUCCAGGCUCAAUGUUAUAGAUGAAGUUGGCUAUGCUCUUAUCCAUCAUGCAGCUAUACACAAUCGUGUGUCUGUUGUUUCUCAGAUAGCCAAAAUUGGUUUGAAUCUGAAUCAAAGGCGCAGUGAUCAUUUUACAAGUCAAGGAAGGACAGGUUUGGGUGCUGUAGCAGAAAGAACAGGACCAACUGCUUUGCACCUGGCAGCACAAUGUGGGUCUUUAGAAGUGCUGUCCUGCCUUCUGGCAUUAAAAGCUGAUUAUCUACUACACGAUAAGCGUGGCUGGCUACCAAUACAUUUUGCAGCCUUCUAUGGUACCAUUCCCUGCAUCAGAGCUCUGUGCAGGAAGGACCCAGCUCUCUUGGAGAUUGAAACAGCAUCUAAAUAUCAUUCCACUCCAUUGUUGCUCACGGCCAUUUCUGGAUCACUUGAUGCCCUUCAGUACCUUUUGUCCAUUGGCGCUAACUGGAAAAAAAUAGAUAGCGUGGAGAACAAUAUAAUUCACUUAGCAGUCCUGUAUUUUCACACACACAUUUUGAAAUAUAUUAUUGAAUUAAACAUACAGGAGCUCCAUGUGUGGCAACACCUUGUAGAUAUGCUGAAGUCUGAAAAUUCCCAUAGAAUAGAAAUGGCAGCAAGGUGUCUGGAGGUCCUCUGUGUUGUGAAGAGAAGCUACUGGGAGGACAUUUACAAAGCAGGAUGCGUUCAAUGUCUUGUUGAUCUUUUGAAAAGUGGCCGUUUGAAUUUGGAGUGUUUGGCUUCAGGAGUUUUAAGCAAUAUAUCAAAUAAUAUUCCUGUCUCAAAGACUCUUGUAGAAUCUGGAGCCAUUCCCGUUCUGAUUACAUUAUUAAGCUCACAUCAACCAGAGCUACAGUCCAGAUGCUCUGUUAUUUUGUCUGACAUUGCCCAGGUGGACGGUAAUCAAAAUGUAAUUGCAGAAAUGGGUGGAAUUCCUCCUUUGGUCCAUCUGCUCUAUGGAGAAUUAGAAGAUGUGCUGGUGAAUUCUAUAAAUUGCGUCCGGGUUCUCUGUGUCCAAAAUCCAACCAACCAACGAGCAGUCAAAGACCUUGGUGGCAUUCCACUCCUUGUGGAACUUCUAGGUGUCAAGUCAGAUAUUUUGGUAAGUGCAUCCUCAGCUGCGAUUGCUGAACUUGCUAGAGGGAACAAGCUAAUUCAAGAUGUCAUAGCAAAAGAAAAUGCAAUUGAUCCUCUUAUUAACAUAAUUCGAGGAAGGAAACUCAAUAUUCAAGUGAAAGCUGCCAUGGCGAUAGAGGCGCUUGCUGAUCAUAAUGCUGCAAUACAAAAGGAGUUUUUGGACAGAGCUGUGUCGAAACAUAUUUCAAAACUCCUGAAGGUCUUUCAGCUGGACGUCCGAGAACAGGGCAGUAUAACCCUGUGGGCACUGGCAGGGCAAACACGUAAACAGCGAAAGAACAUGGCUGAACAGAUUGGCUAUAAUUUUAUCAUAGACAUGCUCUUAUCACCGUCUAAUAAGAUGCAAUAUGUAGGUGGAGAGGCUGUCAUUGCUCUAUGCAAAGACAGCAAACAUCACCAGGACCAAAUCUGUGACGGAAAUGGCAUUGGGCCUUUGGUACGACUCUUACGAAAUUCUAAGGUGGCUGAAGGAACUCUUCUCAGUAUUAUAAAAGCCAUGGGAACCAUGUGCAUUGGUGUUGCUCACAUAAAUAAUCCAGUCACCCAGGAUAAAAUAGUAGAGGAGCAGGCUUUGCCAACUCUCAUUCAUCUUCUGAAGACUCAUGGGUCUAUUAAAAUUAAGGUCGAAGUGGCCUGCACUCUAGCUUGCAUUGUCCUAAAGAACGCUGUUCUACAAGCUCAGCUACACGAGAUGGAUGAGUUUAAGUACACAGACGUUCUUGAUCUCCUACAUACACCUGAUAAGGAAAUUUGCUUACGAGCUGGGUAUGCACUAGCUCUGUUUGCCUACAACAGUACUCUGCAUCAGUUUUACAUCUUGGAGACAGGAGGCAUUGAAAUGGCAAUCUAUGAACCUUUCCUGGAGUCAGACAUUGAGACAGACAGAGCACAAGCUGCGUUUCAGGUUGUUGUUCUAGCAAGAGUUAUUGUCGAUAUGGAUCAAGUCUCACUGUCUGCCAGAGGUGUUACCAUAUUGACAGAGCUCCUGAACUCAAACAAUUCAGCAACUCUUCUAUUAGCCGGAGAGUUAAUUGCAAGUUUAGCUCACACCCGAGCAGGCAUUCCUGAAGCAAUAACCACACUUGGAACUGUGGAGAGCCUUUGCAAACUUUUAAACUCAGAAGAGGAGGAGGUUCGCAUGACUAGUGCAAAUGCAUUGGGGUAUUUGACCUUCAAUCGGACUGCAUAUCGCCAUCUGCUAGUGGAAUGUAGGAACAAACCAAACCUGUAUAACGUACUGAUUGGUAGCCUUAGCAAAGAUGCCAAAAUCUCCUAUCAAUUUACAGAGGAAUUUACAAUGCAACAACAUAUAGGAUUGCCCUCACUCAGCUUAGUCAUAAAUGGGGGACCUCCUGUGAAUCCUUCAUCCUGGAAAGGUUUACCAGAGCAUCCAAAAAGGGCAAAAUCACAUGUUCACUGGAGAGAAGAUUCACGCUCCAUAUCUGCAGUAUUUAGUUCAUCACAGAAACCCCACACAGCCAACGCACACAAUCGUUCGGUAACUAGCUUACCUACAUCACGCAUUCCAGCCGCUACAAGGCCAAAGACUGCACAUCUGGGGAACACAAAACCUUUUCAAACAAAGAAGAUACCAAGCAAAAUAGCAUAGUAUUGGUCAAUACAUAGAAGUAUGCUGCUUACUGUGAACAAUUCCAUCUGUAACACUAUUUCCUAUAGCACAAGACAGUGCUUGAAGUCCAUCCUUUCAGUUUAUGGAAAGUCCCAGCCUCACUGCUGUCUAUUAUUCCACAUAUGACUUUUUGCCUAAAAAAUUGGCUGUAUUUUUCUAUUGUAAAUAUAUAUUUUUGAGACUAAAUGCUAAUUUACAAUCUGAAAAAAGUGACUUAUGUCAAGUGUAGGGUAGUUUACAAUGUGCUAACCAAAUUGAUGCUUAGUUUAAUGUUUACAGGGCCAUUAAAUGAAUCUAUUACCACUGACAUGAAUGAAUCUCAAUGAAGUGGUCUGGAAGCAGUGGACUUUUAGUUUUAACCCUGCAAUAUAAAGCAUUGCUGUUUUGUAGCUACACCAACGCUUACAUUGCAGGGUUAAAUACACCUUUCAUGGCUGUCUACCUGACCGCCACUAGAGGCGCUUCUGCUGCAGGAACCAAAUCAAACACAGUUCUCUCAGCUAACCAUCUCAUAGAAGGAAAGCAGUGCUAGCUGUGCAUGCGCAUUUCAUCCCCAAUGCUCUUAUGAGGAGCACUGGAUUGGACGAAAGAAGCAAUCGCUGGAGGUGGAUCAAGCAGCUCCCAGGACUUGAUCUCAGAGCUAAAAAAAAAAAAAAA